AUGUCCGUGUCGCUCAAGGCCAUGGCCUCGCGCUGGCCCAGCUCCGCCCACGGCUUCGCCCGCUGCUGCCCCAAAGCCGCUCCCGCCUCGACGACGAAGACGACGACGACCACGAAAACCGCUUCCUUCUCGACCGCCGCGCGGCCUGUCUGCCUCGCGCAGGCGUCGCUGAGGCCCCAGCAACAUGCCGUCGUGGUGCGCUCCGCACAGGGCUUACCCAUUGCGUGCAGCGGCCGGAUGGCCACGCCCGCCCGCCGCCCGUCCAGCAUCGUCUCGUCCGCCGCCCGAUCCUUCUCGUCCUCCUCCCCCGCGCAAGCAGCGGCCGCCUCUGCAUCCUCCUCCUCCGCCGCGUCUUCCUCCUCCGCGACGCCGUCCAAGCUCGACUGGAACUCCUUCUUCAAGCUGCGCCUCAAGCGCCGCCGCAUCCAGCUCGUCUUCUCCGUCGGCACGGGCCUGCUCGGCGGGGCGGCGGGCGCCAUCCUCCUAUCCACGGGCAUGGCCGAGCCGCUCGUCAUGCAGAUCCCCCUCGACCCCUUCGUCACGCUCGGCCUCAUGACGCUCGCCUGCGCCGGCAUGGGCUGGCUCGUCGGCCCCAGCAUCGGCAACCAGGUGUUUUACCUGCUCAACCACCGCUACAAGGCCCAGAUGAUCCAGAAGGAGGUUGAGUUUUUCGCCCGCGUCAAGAAGAACCGGGUCGAUCCCUCCAACUCGAGCGCCGGCAACCCAGUGCCCGACUUUUACGGCGAGAAAAUCCAGAGCGUGUCCGGAUAUAGGCAGUGGCUGAAGGACCAGCGGGCGUUUAACAAGAAGAAGACGGCCAACUUUGUGUAG